UGCUAUCAUGAAUGGGAAAUGCAAUAAUAUGGAAAGCAUCUGAUGAACAAUAGAGUUUAUGGAGAGCAUUGUAUGUAUAAAACUUGAUCUCACCUUAACUAAGUAGUUUUCAAAUUGCCUUUUGUUUUAGAACAAGAUUUUUACCUUUUUAAAGUAGCUUGCAUGAAACAACAAGCAACACUACGAGCAUUUUCAGCUUCAUUGCAUUUUAAUUCAAACAUACAUCAUAUUACUUACUGCGCCAUAAGGGCUAUAGAAGUAUUAUAGCCACCUUCAAAAGAUUUUAUCUACUGCAGAUGUGUGUCUGUAUACAUAGUUUGCCAAGAAAACCUAGGGCUUAAAUUUGGCUUCAUUAAAAGGCAUCUGGCUUGGAAAGGACUUGUUAAACCGGCUGCUCAUCUCAAAGGAGGAUGCGGUUUUGUCCAGUCACUGUAACUAUGCUAGUAGUAUUUUGAUAUGAGUGUCUUCUGCUUAUAUUUAACUUUCACUGAAGGAAAGAGCUGUGAUGAAAUUAUCUUCCAAGUAAAAAAAAAACACCAAAAAAACGCACAUUAAAAUGAGGACCAUGUCUAAACAGACUUUUAGCUCAAACAGUUUUUCAGACACUUAGCUAAGGAAGCAACAAUACAAAUUUGUAGGGCGUCAAACAAACUGCCUGAAUUCCUACUGUAAUAAAACUAGUUUCAAAUUUACAGAAGGCUUUAGUAUGUUUUACUAGCUGAAUAUACUGUGCAUUCCCUGAGUUUUUUCUUUCUAAGUAAAUCAAACUAAUAAUAAUUAAUAAUUGGGCGGUGAGAAAGAUGGAAGAAAACUGCCUGCUGUUCUGGCUUUUUUUUUUUUUUAAGCUAAAUAAGGAAAUAAAAUCUAAUCCCAAACUGUAAAUCAAGCUUUUUCCAGUAAUUUCCUCUAGAGGAAUAAAGUCAUAAAGAAAGUUCCUUUACAUUAGGUACUGCUAUUUUACAAGUUCUUCUGUUGUUACUGCUGUCCUGGUUCUUGAUGAGUCUCUUACCUGGAAGUUGUCUAUUAUGAAAAAAAUAAUUGAUGGAUGUUGACAGAUUUUUUGUGUGUAUGUGAAACUUUUCUUUUUAUUCCAACUCUGUAGAAUUAAUAUGCAAGCUGGAUAAGUUGUAUUUCUAUGUGUUACUGCAAUAAUGAAAAUAGCACUGCUAGGAUUUUACUUGUUUGGUUAUGAAUGCUGGAUCUCCACAACUUUGCCUACCUGGAAGGGUGGCUUUAGGUGGCUUUUGCUUUCAAAAUUUAAAACAAAGAUAGAUGUAAUGCUAGACAGAAGUAACCCUUUAUAAUCUGGAGUCAGAUAAUGGCCAGUAAUCUUCAGUUUGAAUGUGUCUGUUUAGAAAUAUAUUUCGUGUUAUACUGACUAAAGUAUCAUCUAAAUACUGGAGAGAAAUUAGAAGCAAAAAGAUUGAGCCGUUUUGAGGUGAAGAAUGCUACAAAAUAAGAUAAAUUAGCAUAGUCUUCCUUGCAGUCAUUGUCUUAGUUUGUGGUCUGGCAGGAGGAUAUUGACUGCUGAUAGUAUCAGGGGUAGGAGAGCAAUGCUUUCAUUAAAAUACUUCAUUAAAAUAUUACAAUUUUGGGUCUCAAGACAGACCUUACUUUUCUCUCUCUCCAGCAUCAAGAAAGUGAUCCAUAUCUCAUCUUGCUUGAAAACCAUUCAACCAGCUGUAAUUAUCUCUUAUUCACCAUUCUAGAGAUAGGGUUGCUUACUUUUAAUUAAAACUAAUAUUUUGAUACAGCUCUGCUAUCUCUGCUGAGAAUUGUUUAAAACUUAUUAUAUGCUUACCACAAAUUUUCUGCAAUACACCUUAGAGAGGAGGAAUUUGCACUGCACUGUUCGAUAGCAACAGGUCUUAAGAGUACGAAGGAUGAAAUUCUCAAGAGUCUUUAUGUCAUGGAUGGAAAUGGAAUCAUUACUGUAUUUUUGAGCUCUUGCUAACGUCAUUGACACCCACCUACAGUCCACUAGAAAUAUAAGGGCAGAGAUAGUUUGUUCACAGAUUGCAAGGAGACUGACCAAGAAGAGGCAAGCCAGAGCCAAAUUCACGGAUAGCCUGUUCAUCUCUUCAACAUGUGGAAAGUGGUGCUCCUGGGUCUUUAUACAGUAUUGGCUGUGGGAGGACUGGCAAAGGGUGCUGCUCUCCAGCCAGAAGAAAAAUGGAAACCGCUAGAUAACCCCAGAAACAGAGACCUGUUUUUCAGAACGCUCCAGGCUUAUUUCUUGGGAAGGGGUCUUGAUCUCAGAAAGUUCCCAGCUACUUUCACUAUGAACAAUGAAGGACCGAGGCCUGUCAUGUUCUACUCGGAUCCUAUUGCUUCUGCAUUUGCAGAUUAUGAAGAAAGAAAAAACUCUUUUCCAAAUUAUUUCAAAGGCUGAAAGAUGCUGCUGACCAAGGCAAUAACUUUUGGACUUCAUGUGAACUGGUAACCUCUACAGCAAAAUAUUCCUGCUUUGACUUUUUAACUGUUACCUGACAAUUUAAAAUUUUCCUCACUAUCAGAGUUUAUACCCCUGGAAUCUGAUGUUGUGCUGUAAUCAGCACAUUUGCUGUCUCUUGACAAACCUGUGAUGUUUGCCUGUAAGUGUGCCUCGCAGAACUGCGUGUCUUUAAAUGUGAAUAAAGAAGGAGCACAAGGGCGUGCUUUUAACUACCGCUCUGUGUCUUUGUUCAAAAUUCCUA